AAGAGUUCCAUCCGCUUUGCGAGCAAAGAGGACGGGUGUACCCCACGGGGAGUUGCUGGGUUUAAUGAAACCCAGUCUCAGGAGCAAGCUGACGCUUGAGUUCGGUGGCCUCGGAAAUCGAGAGUCUGUAGGGUGCCUAGUGGUGAAUACGAUAGUCAGGCACAAGCUGAAUGGAGUGCUCGACGUCACGCAUCGGUGGGAUGCCGACGUACGAGGACGACGAUGGGAAAACGUCGUGGUACUCUCGGAUGAGGUCACGAACUACGGGCUCCAGGUCAGCCAUAUAUCGUGCGAGUUCCUCAGCGUCAGCGUCAACGCUCGACGACGGAGUGGACUCGACGGACGGCGGAGGGACGGGAGUAGAGAUGGGAGCCAUGGAGAUAGAAGGAGGAUCUGGCUCCAGAGGGAUGAGCUCGACGUCGGGACAGGGUGGAUCAUAGUGUAAGAGAUCCGUCACGUUCACCAUAAAGAAGGUGACGUCGUCUUGUCGAAUGAAGUGAGCGAACUGUC